GAUCUGAAAUCUGAAAUCUGAAAUCUGAAACUAAUAAUAAAAAAAAAAAAAUCAUCCCUGCGCUUAAAAAAUGGAGAAAUAGAAACCCUAGUCUAUCUAUUAAUUUUAAUUUAAAACACCACUCGCCCAAAGUCAAAGUCGAGAGAAAAAAUUGAAACCGAAGAUCGAUCAGCCCUUUUUUUUAUCAGGCGACUGCGAAAAGAGACUAAUCCCGAUCAACAGGGCUAGACAGAGGGAGGAUUCACACAUGCUAAAACCCCUGCCCUGCCAACGAAGGAGUCUGUGCAACUGUAAGCUUUGACCCAGGCGAAUUCGAUGGAUGAUGCCAUGGAAACCGGUAACUUGGCUCCUUACCAAGAGAGACCGAGGACCUUUCCGGACAUGCGCAGUAAACCUAGCAUACCUCUGAUUUUCCGAAUUCUCAUGAGAAUGAACGUCCGUCUUCUUUUUGUGCUCCUGUUUUUGGGCUUUGGAGCUAUUUUUUACAUUGGUGCUAGUACCUCACCGAUCAUUGUCUUUGUCUUCUCAAUUUGCAUCAUCAGUUUCGUCAUAUCAAUAUAUCUCACUAAUUGGGUACUUGCCAAGGAUGAAGGACCUCCUGAAAUGGUUCAGAUAUCAGAUGCAAUACGCGAUGGAGCUGAGGGUUUCUUUAAGACUCAAUAUGGAUCUAUCUCUAAGAUGGCAUUAUUGCUAGCAUUGGUGAUCUUUGGCAUAUAUAUGUUCCGUAGUACCACUCCUCAACAAGAAUCUUCUGGCUUAGGGAGGUUAACUUCUGCGUCUAUCACCGUGAUUUCUUUUCUUUUAGGAGCUGUAUGUUCUGGUAUGGCUGGCUAUGUUGGUAUGUGGGUCUCUGUACGUGCUAAUGUUCGUGUUUCGAGUGCAGCAAGACGGUCUGCAAGAGAGGCGCUACAGAUAGCUGUUCGUGCUGGUGGUUUCUCCGCCUUGGUGGUUGUUGGUAUGGCUGUGAUUGGUGUUGCGAUUCUUUAUGCCACCUUCUAUGUUUGGUUGGGAGUGGACUCACCAGGUUCAAUGAAGGUUACUGACUUGCCUCUUCUUCUUGUGGGAUAUGGUUUUGGAGCUUCGUUUGUAGCCCUUUUUGCUCAGUUGGGUGGUGGAAUAUACACGAAAGCUGCUGAUGUUGGUGCCGAUCUUGUUGGAAAAGUCGAGCAGGGAAUACCUGAAGAUGAUCCUCGGAAUCCUGCUGUCAUUGCUGAUCUGGUUGGAGAUAAUGUUGGUGAUUGUGCAGCUAGAGGAGCUGAUUUGUUUGAGAGCAUAGCUGCAGAGAUAAUCAGUGCUAUGAUACUUGGAGGAACCAUGGCUCAGCGCUGCAAAAUUGAAGAUCCAUCAGGCUUCAUCUUGUUUCCUCUUGUCAUCCAUUCAUUUGAUCUCGUAAUAUCGUCGGUGGGGAUGUUUUCAAUACGUGGCACACGUGAUCCUGGAGUGAUUGGUGUUAUGGAGGAUCCUAUGACGAUACUUCAGAAAGGAUAUUCUGUUACAAUCAUUUUGGCGGUUGUGACUUUUGGUUUGUCUACGCGGUGGAUGCUCUACACAGAACAAGCUCCUUCUGCUUGGUUGAAUUUUGCCUUAUGUGGUUUGGUUGGAAUCAUGACGGCAUACAUAUUUGUUUGGAUUACUCAGUAUUACACCGACUAUAAACAUGAGCCUGUACGCAAAUUAGCUCUUUCCAGUUCAACAGGACAUGGGACUAACAUAAUUGCGGGCAUUAGCUUGGGUCUAGAAUCUACCGCUCUUCCUGUCCUUGUGAUAAGCGUGUCUAUUGUUUCGGCGUUCUGGUUGGGCCAAACUUCAGGACUGGUUGAUGAGGUUGGAAAUCCGACAGGUGGGUUGUUUGGGACGGCAGUUGCGACAAUGGGUAUGCUUAGUACUGCAGCCUAUGUUCUCACUAUGGAUAUGUUUGGUCCAAUAGCUGAUAAUGCUGGCGGAAUUGUUGAGAUGAGUCAGCAGCCUGAAAGCGUCCGGGAGAUCACUGAUGUUUUGGAUGCAGCUGGGAACACGACAAAAGCAACCACCAAAGGGUUUGCCAUUGGAUCUGCUGCACUUGCGUCUUUUCUUUUAUUCAGUGCAUAUAUGGAUGAAGUAGCAUCGUUUGCUCACACCCCAUUUACACAGGUUGACAUUGCUAUUCCAGAAGUAUUUGUUGGUGGAUUGUUGGGGUCCAUGCUUAUCUUUCUUUUUAGUGCGUGGGCGUGUGCUGCAGUUGGUCGGACUGCCCAGGAGGUUGUUAACGAAGUAAGAAGACAGUUUACUGAGAGGCCAGGCAUAAUGGACUUCAAAGACAAACCAGAUUAUGGGAGAUGUGUUGCAAUUGUGGCCUCUGCAUCUCUGAGGGAGAUGAUAAAGCCUGGAGCCUUGGCCAUUAUAUCACCUAUAUUUAUUGGCAUUCUGUUUCGGAUACUGGGUUACUAUACGGGGCAUCCUUUACUGGGGGCUAAGGUUGUGGCUUCCAUGUUAAUGUUUGCUACGGUUUCUGGUAUUCUGAUGGCUCUUUUCUUCAACACCGCUGGUGGUGCCUGGGAUAAUGCUAAGAAAUAUAUCGAGACGGGCGUCCUCGGAGGCAAAGGAAGUGACAGCCAUAAAGCAGCAGUUACCGGUGAUACUGUAGGUGACCCGUUCAAAGACACCGCUGGCCCCUCACUGCACGUCCUUAUCAAGAUGCUUGCAACGAUAACGCUGGUCAUGGCUCCAGUCUUUCUGUGAUGAACACAGCCUGCCUGCCUGAGAGUUCUAUUACUUUAUAACAAACCGAUUGUCUCUCCUUUUUUUAACGUGCUGUACCGAGAAGCAAAAUGCAUAGCAGGUCUAAUCUUUAUUGCUUAUGAAGCAGUUACUUUGACUUGAUAUGAAACUAUUUUUUGUUCGAGUCUCUUUACUUUACCCAUGAAUUGCUGUUAAAUCCCACUUCUCAUUUAAUAGCU